AUGACCUUCGACCUGCUUUCCAAGCCCCGAGGGAACUUAGGUCGAAGUCCAUCUCUCAACUGGGCUUGGGUAGAUCCUCCAUCUUCACAACUACCGUUGGCUAGCACACAGCCACUAGUGGCUGAUCCACCAAUCAGUGAGACACCACCUUCCAUUGAAGAGGAGGUACUGGGGAUUACAGAUAUGGAGGGCGCGGAGGUACAGGUACUCUCUUUACAUGGAGAGGAGGGGGAGAGCAUAUGGCAACACCGAUCGUCUGAGAGUAAAAGCGAAAAGAAAUUAGACUACACACACAGACAAAUCAGCUGGAGGAAGACGAGAAUCGUCGGCGGGGUGCCUCCUCUGAGGGAAAGCGAGGACGUUAUCAAGGACGAUGUCCAAACUCACCAUGGUCGCCGGGGAGACACCACGGACGAUGCAGUCCUGAGAGUGGCGAAGAUCCAGUCUGGGGCUCGUCCUCGGCCGCGUUUCCAUCGGGAAAGUCCUGACGUUGUUCUUUUAAACUCUACCUCUAUCACUAACUCCUAUGCUAUCAAACACUUCGGCUACACGUCAAGACAAUCACGAAACGGCUGGAUAGAAACAGAACCAGAGCAGAUUAUCCACCUGGAUAAUCUGGACGACACAUGCGAACUCCGUGCACCCAUCUUGCUGGAGGAGGUAAAACAAAUAAUAAUGAGGUUUCCUCGAAAGGCUCCGGGCUCCUCUCAGAUCGGACGUGACGUACUCAUACAGCUUCCUGACAACAUUUUACGAGCUAUGACGUACCUUUAUAACACUUCCUUGGCCUCUGGCUACUAUCCCUCACCUUUCAAAACUGCUUUAGUGGCCCUCAUCCCUAAGCCAAACAAAGACCUAACCGACCCCAAGAAUUACCGCCCAAUUAGUUUACUAGAGACAUUAGGCAAAAUUUUUGAAAAAAUAAUUAACUCCCGACUAAGGCGGUAUCUCGACGAUCAUGACUUACUCUCCUCAAAACAAUUCGGCUUCCGCUCUCACCGAUCGACUAAUGACGCACUGACUAUACUGACUAAUUACUGUCUUAACAACAAAGACAGAAGACUAAAGACGGUUCUCGUAACCAAGGACGUGGAGCGAGCCUUCGACACGGUCUGGCAUGCUGGCUUGAAGUACAAACUGUGUCCAUAA